ACCAAUAAUUGAAUUUAUUAGAUGAUAUAAAGUUUUAAACAAAACAAAAAACGAUGCUUACCAUUAAUGAUAAUAAUAAUAAUAAAGAAGAAACCUUUCAAUCAUGUGAUGAGAUCGUUAUUCUAUUACUAUAUAGCCACAGCCCACCCAACACCAAUUUUACUCUUCUUAUUCUUAUACCUGUUCUUCUUCUUUGUAAAUUGCAUUGAUGGCUGUUUACUCUAAUUGCUUAACUCAAAUCCCACUUCGCAAUUAUGGAUCAUCUCUCAAAUAUCCAAAGAAAGAAUUGAAGGCCAGGAGCAGCUUUGUUCCUCUGAAAAAGGCACCAGCAGUGAGGAUCACAAAAGUCACAGCAUCCAUUAAAAACAAGGUUUACGAGGAUAGAUCAGAGGGCAUAGUUUGCUACGAAGAUGAGCGGGGAGAAAUAAUAUGUGAAGGGUAUGAUGAAGGACCAUGCUUUCAAAGAAUUCCAAAGGCAAGCUAUCACCUUCCAAAUAAUCCAAGAGAUGCUGAAAUCAGGAAUCUUGUUAUCCAACAAGGAUGGCUUCAGAUUGCUAAAGAGGAAGAAAAAGUGAACAAUGAUACAGUUGAGAGUCUCAAAAGAGACUUGAACUGCAAUGGCUUUAACUCCUUUCGCUAGUCACUUCAAUCUUACCAUCUUGAAGGAUGAAUGUGCAAGGAAAAGCAAACAAAUUGUGAAUGUGCCCAGGCCAACGUAUGUGUAUCUGAGGACUGAGGAGGCAAUGUAUAUGCAUGUUGAAUUAUGGAUCAUGCAGAGCUCAUCAAAACCUUGGUAUUGUUGCACAAACAGAAGAAUCAUUGAACCGAAGUCCUACAUUGUGAUUUUGAUUGUGUUUAUGAUAGUGUGUUAUAUAUCCUUGCAUAAAUCGGAUUGGGGAUGAUGGCCGGAGGAACAAUAUAGAGAAUGUUGUAUUUCAACUUGGGUUAAAUACUACUUUCUAUCAUCACCAA